CAACAUGAACAGCACGGCCACAUCUUUAGCUCCAUCACAGGCAGCUGUAUGUGGCGAUGGGCUCGCGGCUUGAGAAGAAGUCGACUCUCGUCCGCAAGCGCAUAGAAGGGCACGUUUUCGAGGAUGAGGAAGGCGAGGAGUAUGAGGCGUCCAAGUUCGGCGGGUUCCCAGAAUACUUCAGGCGCAAGAAGAUUAAGCUCCAGAAUAAAGAUGCCGUUCUCAGAGCGCAAUCUGCAGAUAAACCGCAGAUCUUUAAAGGCGUAGUAUGCCACGUCAACGGCUAUACACAGCCUUCAUUGAAUGAUCUGCACACGCUCGUUGUGCAAUAUGGCGGUGGUUUCAUUCAGUAUCUGGAUGGCAAGACGAUGGUGACGCACAUCAUCGCUUCUCAACUCACGCCGAAGAAAAAGGAAGAAUUCAAGCGUUACCGUGUUGUGAAACCAGCCUGGAUUGUCGAUAGCGUCAAUGCUGGGAAGCUACUCCCGUGGGAUGCCUAUCGUGUUGUAGACGAAGGUGUAGGCCAGAGAGUGUUGGCUUUCGAUAAUGGAAACGUUGUAAGUCAGCUCAACCGCAAGCUGCAGACAUACAAGGAGCAGACUGAUACCAGUUGGUAUACGAGCCAACUCAAGGGUCAGGAUGCUACUACGUCUGGCAGCUUUCGUAGGCCACCUAGCUUCACCCAAACGGCAACGCCACGGGACGAUGUUGAGGAUGCCGGGCAUCCUGGUCUAGAGAUUACGAGCUCGAUCGAGCGAGCACUUGACGACGUGCAGAGCGAAGAAGAUGAGGAAGAUGAGGAAGUCAGAGUUAGCAAGCCCGACUGUCCGCGUGACCUACUUGAAGUGAAGACCGAGCUCGAGACGCCACCUCUGUCGAGCCCACCGCUAGGGGUGCCUGACGAUACACAUAAUCAACCUCUUGUGGAUGGCGGAGAAAAUACCAACCAUAAUGCUACCACUCUGCGACCACGGCAAGGCUCUCAAGAGCCCGACUACUCAAUGGCUGUUGUCCGAGACUCCGAGAUCCUGCGAUCCGUCUCUCCCUCAAAGCUAGCCACCAUGACCGCUGAGGAGCACAAUGCGCUUCUGCUUUCAGAUCCUCGCAUUCGAAAGUCGACCGUCGUCCACCCAGACUUUCUCGAGCAAUACUAUCGCGAAUCUCGCCUACACCAUCUCUCAACCUGGAAAGCCGAGCUCAAAUCUCAGCUCCAAGCACUCGCAGCUGAGAAGUCUGCGUCCCAGAAACACAAGCUGAAAAAGCUGCCGGGUCAACGACGCUAUAUUAUGCAUGUCGACUUCGACUCCUUCUUCGCCGCUGUAUCACUCAAGAAGUACCCUCAGUGUAGAGACAUGCCGGCCGUAGUUGCGCAUGGUGGGGGAUCCGGUUCUGAGAUUGCGAGCUGCAACUACCCGGCCCGCAAAUACGGCAUCAGCAACGGCAUGUGGAUGCGGCGCGCUCAAGAUCUUUGUCCAGAGGUCAAGAUCCUGCCGUAUGACUUCCCAGCUUACGAAGAUGCAAGCCGCAAAUUCUACGAUGCGAUCAUGGCUACGGGCGGCAUUGUACAAAGUGUGAGCAUUGACGAAGCGCUAGUGGACAUCAGUGCCAUCUGCUUCACCGAAAGCGGUACAGACGGCGUCAAACGGAACGAAGGCGCUGUGCAUCGCGAACAGCGGAAGGCCGACAUGGUUGCACAAGCGCUCCGUGACGAAGUGCUUGAGAAGACUGGCUGUGCGGUAUCUGUAGGCAUUGGUAGCAAUAUACUGCAGGCUAAGGUGGCGCUGCGCAAGGCCAAACCCGCGGGUCAGUAUCAGCUGAAGCCGGAAGAAGUGCUCGACUUCAUAGGCCAACUUGAGGUCCAGAACUUACCCGGUGUUGCGUGGAGUAUCGGUGGCAAGCUUGAAGACAUAGGCGUUAAGUUUGUCAAAGACAUCCGCGACCUGACGAAGGAGAAGCUAGUCAACGCUCUCGGACCGAAGACGGGUGAGAAGUUGUGGGAUUAUGCUCGUGGCAUUGACAAGAGCGAGGUUGGGGAGCAGGUGGUGCGCAAGUCUGUCUCAGCGGAGGUCAAUUGGGGAGUUCGAUUCGAGAACCAGGAGCAAGUGGAUGAAUUUAUGCAUGGUCUUUGUGGCGAGCUGCACAAGCGACUUGUUAAGGAGCGAGUCAAGGGCAGACAGUUGACGAUGAAGGUUAUGAGGCGCGCAGCGGAUGCGCCGAGAGACCCGCCAAAGCACCUUGGGCAUGGCAAGUGCGAUACGUACAACAAGAGUAUGCAGCUUGGCGUAGCAACGAACGAUGCCACGGUAAUUGCAAAGGAAGCUAUUGCAAUGAUGAAGUCAUUUGGUGUCUCGCCUGGCGAGCUGAGAGGCAUCGGUGUGCAGAUGCAGAAGCUAGAUCCCAUCAAGUCGAACGGCGAGAGCGCUGAGCUGGGCAGCCAACGGAGGCUACACUUCAAGUCUGGCCAAGUGCCUAAGACCGCAGCAGAAAACGAGGCUCCAGAAACGCUCGAUGAGGACCCUAUUCAAGACGAUGCGCGGAUACCGGAAAGGCAGCGAACACCAGAGGCUAACAAGCCCAGCGUUCCGGGCCAGGCAGUCAAUGUCAGCACAUCGACGAAAAGGGCUCUCAACACACUUGGCACCCAGUUCAUCCUUCCCACGCAGGUCGACCCAAGCGUUCUUGCUGAGCUGCCAGAGGACAUUCGGUCGAAGCUGGCUCAGCACAUCAAGCCCGCCGCCGUCGGUCCACACCGGCCGAUAGUGGACGAGCAACUACCAUCGAAGCCCAUAUCGAGAGCGCAAUCCCCGGUUAUUGCAUUACCAAAUCAGUCGCAGCUCGAUCCGAGCAUAUUGGAAGCCCUCCCAGAAGACGUCCGGGCAGAGUUGCUGGGCUACUACAAAAGCCCCGGCAACCGUAAACGUGUUGAACAAGCUUUGUUACCGCAAUCGCCUCGCAAGCUCCGUGUACUACCGCCGACCAAGCAGCCUCCGAGGAAGAAACGUGGCGGUGGGCUUUUCGCGGGCCGUGCAAGGAGCAAUCUAAAUGCGGCGGGUGCCUCAACGUUGACACAGUCGAACUUCAUAUCCCGACCCGCAGUUAGGAGUGCUCGUGAAGACGGCGGCGCGACCACCACCGACACGGAAGCCGAGCCAGACGCCGUUGACCCUGAAUUUCUUGCUGCGCUGCCCGAUGAUGUUCGCCAAGAAGUCUUGCAACAGCAACGCAAUGCCCGGCUUGCGCGCGCCGGCGGCAUUGAUCUCACGCUCCAUCAGCGUCCUCGAGCCCUGAAGCGAAAGCAGAAGCUGACUUCUGACGAUGAUGGGUCACUUGCUCGCUUUCUGCAGCUCCCGGCCCGGCCGGCUAAACCCACUUUCACAAUGCGAAAGCUUUCUGAUCUGGCAGAUCUGCGUGGAGCGGUGAAGGCGUGGUUUGUUGAGUUCUCCGAUGAGGGGCCGUACGAUGAGGAUGUCGAUGCCCUGACGAGAUACUUGAGGGAGGUGGUGCUCGUGGAGUCCAACAUGGCGAAGGCUGUUGCUGUGACUAAGUGGAUGACCUGGCUGGUCGAAGAAGCGGAAGCCUUGGAUGAGCAAGUGCGGUGUGCUUGGACCAAAGUGCUGGAGAGGGUGAAGGGUGCGGUACAGGACGCCGUCAGAGAACGAGGCUUGGAUUCUGUUGAUUUCGGAUGAUUGUUGCUGCUUUUAGCGAGGUGUUCCGUGGAUCACCUGAGUGAUGAGAAAUCGUGAGAUAUUGUGUUUGCAAUAUCUCAGUCGGCGACCAUUAUUGUUGAGGUCAGAGUGAGCAUCUUCCCGCUCGGUUGCUCGAGCGCCUCCACUACGGUAGCUAUCUGAGUUUGUAGAAACGGCAGCUCCUGCUCGCUUGCAAAGUCCACAGGUAGAGUAAGGAAGUCAUUACUCGAAUACCUAUGCUCUAAGGU